AUGCCUGGUGCAGAUACUAGCACAGUCAAUGAGAUCCCUGGUGAUCUAUUCGAUGCCCCUGAGGGUUCGGGAUUGAUCCAUGCAUGCAAUACUCAAGGUAAUUGGGGAGCAGGCAUAGCACGAGCUUUCAAACAGCGGUACCCUGCUGCGUUCCAGUACUAUCGCGACCAUUGCCUACAAUUUGUUCGCAGUAGAGCCACUCAUGAUAUUAUUGACCUCCAAGAUCCCAAUGAGAGUACCGUCUCCGUGCGCCUCCCCGUCGGCACGACUUUGAUCAUUCCACCCCAGCCAGCAGAUAUUCGCUCUGGCCAGAAGAAGCAAUGGGUUAUCUGCCUUUUCACCUCCCAGGGAUUUGGCCGCCGAGUUGAUUCGCCUGAUCUCAUCACAAACUGCACCUAUUCCGCGCUCAAAGACUUAAAAGACCAGAUUGCUCGCCUCCGCCAGCAAUUAUGGGUGCCUAUGCCCGAUGAAUUGUACUCUUGUCGAUUUAAUUCAGGCUUGUUUGCAGUUCCUUGGGAGCAAACUCGGCAGCUCGUAGAGGAUGUGGGCUUGCCCAUGACUGUCGUGUACCCGCCAGAAGAAUUUGAGGCUGAGUGA